GGAUAAAUCACAAAAGAGCUUAGAAGGAAUCUUGGAUGCAUUUGUUAUUUUAAAUGUCAUGAAAGAAGAUGGCUGGCUAGAUGAAAUGAAGGAAGGAGAGCGAAAGAGAGAGAGAGAAGGGUGUGAACACGCCCCAGGAGAUCCUCGGUAUCAGUGAUGUCUGUAUCAAUCUAACCCUAGGCUUAUCUUGGUCAGGUGUGGGGUGGCUCCCCGCUGUGGCAAGGAAUGUAGUUGUCUAGCAGUGUGGUGCCAGCGUGAGUAGACUUACAGAACUGGAGGUGACAAGAAGGAUAUUUAAGAGGAGGAUUAGCAUUGCAGAGUAUUUACCUGGAGUUGACAAAGAACACUUCAGAAGGUUUUAUCACUGAGAUCCUGAUUGGAAUGUUGACCUUCACCUGAAAUGACCUUCACCUGAGGUGACCCAGAUUUUGGCAGGAAACUGGAAAUCCUCAGAUUACAGCUGGAGGCGGCUACUUACACCUGAUGCUUAGGGAAAUUCCACUUUACCUGUUCAGGGAAGCUGCAAAGAAAGAACAAAAUAUGAAAAAUUAAAUCUCCAGAACGAGAAGACUAUCUGAGUUAUACAACUAAACUCAUUUGCAGUUAAGAUGCAAAACUGACUCAGAAGAAGAAAACAAAAUCCACAUUUCUUAAUUUUAAGCAAUGAAAAUGUAUUAGUUCUUAGAAAGGAGGAGGAACUAAAUUGUAAUUACUUGAUAUCCAACGCAUAUCCAGGAUGAGAAAUUAAUGCACCACCAGAUUUAAGGACUAAUAUUAACAGUGCAGCAUUUGUCUGUUGAAAAUAUAUUAUCAAAGAUGGCUUCCAUGAUCAGCACGCCUUCGGGUCCCAAUACCAGCGACCUACCAUAUUUGUCGCAGUUGACCUCCCAGAUGACCCCAGCACUGACAACGGUCAGUGAGGACCCUCCCUUGGUCGUCAAUAGAUGUGAUAUUGUCUACAAGUACGACGUAGCUCCAGCCACGAUAUGUGCUGUAUGUUUUGUGUUUGGGGUCCUGUAUGCAUUUCUAGGUUACCGUUUCUUCAAGGCCAUCAUGUUCAUGACAGGGUUCAUAUUCGGCAGUGUAUUAACGUAUGUUCUCCUGGAUGAGCACAGUCAGUUACCUACCGAGGCAAACGCUGGGAUUGCCGUGGGUGUAGGGGUACUUCUUGGACUCAUUACUAUGCUAGUACAAUACGUAGGACUCUUUGCGACAGGAUUUACCUUCGGAUUAUUCCUCGCAACAAUAUUUCUAGUCAUUUUAGAACUUUUCUACCAUCCGUCCACGAAAUGGAUUAGUAUUGGAGUUUUAUUCAUUCUUGGAGUGGUGUUUGCUCUGUUAGCGCUAAAAUUCCAAAAAUCCAUGACAGUUUUAGGGACUUCGUUAUUCGGAGGUGCUCUGAUGUUUAUCUGCUUGGAUUAUUAUGCUGAACUGUUCAUCAUGUCAAUGCAUAUAUUAAAUGUCCUGAAGGUGGAGCCAGAAGCUCAAGACAGGCUCUGCUGGUUCAGCUGGGUUAUUGCAGGCGUAUGGCUGCUGAUAUUUGUGUUGGGUGUGGUGAUACAGUGGAAGCUGACAUCAAAGGGCUGUGAUCACAGGGAUGUGAAAAUAAGAUCAAAGAAACAUAGGAAAGUAAACCUCCAAAAGAUUCGUUCCCGGGAGAAAGAAUAUCGCUCUGAGGAAGAUCCCAACACCAGGUACCGCCACUUGUACCAGAUACGACGCAGCAAUGGGGAUGUCAUAUCUCGGAGCAUUAUAGAUCACAUCCACCCAAAAAUGUCUCCCACAACACACAAACUGACCAGUGAUGAUGACCAUCCGCCAUAUGGAGUGACCAACCUUGAACUGACCAAUAAGUCGGAACAAGAUCGGCCUUUCGGGAUGACCCCUGACAUUGAGAGUGCCAAUACCACACUGACACAGGUGGCUCCUGAAGGUCAAAGUUGAAAGGUCACAAUGAUGUCAGGUUGAAGGUUGACCAAUCAGUAAACUUCACUGUGUCAAUAAUAGGGUCAAAGAUGGAAGUUCAUGAUAGAUGUCAUGUGUUUUUGAAGUGACCAAUCAGGGAUGAGUCAAAGAUUGCUGUGUUCACACUGAGCUGUAUUGGGGGAAUAUUGCCCUCAGGGAGGAAGUAUUUCCCUGCAAUCCAUGUACCCCAGACCCAACUGACCUUGAAUUGCACAGUUGAUGGUAAACACGUAUGGGGUAAUGUCCAUUUCUUCUAAAGGAGGCAAUUCCUUCUUGAUUAUGUUCUCAUGCAGACAUCAGUUUGAAAGUCAAGCAGAGGAAUCUUGGAAUGAUUCAGAUGAAAAUGAGGCAAGAGCCAAAAAGCAUACAUCAAAGAGAGACCAGUCAAAACCACAUGUACUUCUUGUGUGGUUUUCAUUUGAUAUAAUGUGAACACAACUGGUUAUAUGAAGCAAAAACUGAACUAGAAUGAAAAUGAACGGCAAUAAAAGUUGACUUCAAGGAAUACCCAGUCACAGACAUGUUCAUUUUCUAAAAUAAACAAGUGAAACUUGUCACAGAAGAAAAUGGGUCAUUUGAUGUCAAACAACAAUGAAAUAUGAGAAACUGCGGGCAUUCAAAAUGUCCAGUCAAAGGCAAAUACUAACAGAACUGGGAGAUGAUAUCUUGUCACAGGGAGAGCUAAUCUAGUCAGAGACUGUGUUCCAGUGAAAUUCCUCCCACAGUGCAGAGAGCUUUUCAUAUAAACGCUCAAUUGAAAUGGCUCUUGAUUCCUAUUACUGUGUGAUGAAAAGGGGCAAAAGAACAUGGAGAAAUGGAGAGGUAUUUCCCAAUUAACUGACUUAUUGAUUUGCUGCUAGCCAUGCCUUUCUGCAAGUGAAUUCAUACAAACACACAAACCCUUAAUAUGGUGGUCUUAGAAUAAAAAAGGGCAAGAAAUAUAUAACGUAUUGGACUUCUCAUCACAUAUUGUAUGUAGUGUGUUCAUAAAACCACUUUGAGAUGUUUUUAGUCAUAUUUUCAUUGAUUUGAUAACUAUUUUAUACCUUUGGUUUUAAAUUAGCUUAAGUAUAGCUGCUUGCAAUGAAUGAAACCAGGAUAAUAUGAAUAGAAAACGUGUCAGUCUUUGGAAUUAGAUUGUGCUGGAUGAAAAGUGGUUUGAAAGAAAAUUACAAGUCUUUGUUGACUUAUUGACUUGGUAUUUACUGUGAUUCAAGAAGAUAAAGGGAUUCCAUCCAUAUAUUGACUAAGUAGAAAUAAGUAGAUGUCACAAGUAUUUAGGUGGUGAGAAACUGCGGUGAUAAAUGAAUAUGAGCUCAGUAUUUGAAAGGAGAGCGAGAGAAUGAAUAAGAUUGAGUCUUGUGAAAGUAUUUGUAGAUUUUUUUUUUUUUUUCAUUGGCACUUUUUGCAGGUUGAAUAAUGGAGUUGAAACUGAAAAUUGUAUCAUUCUGGGACAUUGACUUCAUUGUAUAAAACCUCUGAACACAUGAAAUGUUGGCAAAAAUAACUUGCUGUCAAAUGGAAGUAGUUUGUUGGUGACACA